GCGCUGGGUGUGACGCCACUCCAUUCUGCUCCUUGGCACAAGCGUGAUGGACCCGAUGCUGCUCUCGUCGGCGAAGGAGGCGCCGAUUUACGUGAGCGGCCUCACGGAGCGCCGAUUCUGGAAGCGCGACGAUGUCGCCUGCUACGUGUGUCAGAAGUACUUCAACAAGUACCGGCGAAAGCACAACUGCCGCGUGUGCGGCGAGCUCGUCUGCGACUCGUGUACCGAGCACCAGCAGCUCGUAGUCGUGCGCGGGCGCGGCGUCACGAACACGCGCGUUUGCUAUGCAUGCGUCAUCCUGGCGACCGACGACGACGAGACGCCGGCUGCCACCUUUGGCGCCAUGAGCCCCGACCGCCCAUCGUUUGACCUGCCGUCGCGCCACCACACGGCGUCGUCGCCAGCGCUUCGGGACAGGGCCCCACCGCCGCCGCUCGCGUCCUCGACGGUCUCGUCGUCGGGCGCCCCGCCGCCCGAGUGGGGUUACCCGUGGCCGUCCCCGCCCACCGUACCGGACGAAGCGCAGCGGCUACGCGAGCUGUACAAGCUCAACAUUCUCGACUCGCCGCCCGAUGACACGUGCGACAUCAUGUGCGAGACAGCAGCCCAAGCGCUCGAGACGUCGGUCGCUGCGAUUAGCUUUAUCGACGCCGACCGGCAGUGGUUCAAAGCGCGCCUUGGGCUCCUCCAAACGUUCAUUGCGCGCCACGUGAGUCUCUGUGCGCCAUUGCUCGUCACCAAGACGUCGGUCGCGAUCCCCGAUUUGCAGUUUGAUGCGCAUUUUCAGCACAACCCGCUCGUGACCGGGGCGGCAGCGAUCCGCUUCUACGCCGCCGCGCCCGUCCUCGUCAAAGGCCACGUGGUGGGCACAGUCUUUGUGUUUGACCAGUACCCGCGGUCGCCCGGGGCGUGCGACCGGGCGCGCGAGACCCUCGAAAACGUCGCGACGUCGGUCGAACUGUACCUUGAAGAUUGUCAACUCUCGAUGGAACAGAGCCGCCCGACCGACCGGCGGCGGUCUGUCACCUUUGGCCCGUCCCCGACAUUGGAGCAGCGUCCGUCGACGGCCAUGCUCGAAGACAACGCGAGCGACGAUGGCAUUCACAUGCGUGCACCGUCGACGACGAUCCUCGAGUCGGACACGUCACCGCACCGGCCGCGGCGUGCCGACCGGACCUUCGACUCGAUCGAUACGACGGCGCUCGCUGACAUGAGCGAAGGCACGUCGUUUCCAACGACCGACGUCUUGCCGCAGCUCCGUCUCGACGACGAUAACGACGAAGAGGAAAAGCAGAGCGACGAGGUCCAGACCGAGUCACGCCGGGGCGUCCUGGAAGCGCUCGAGAGCGGCGAAGUGUCAUUGCGGCUUCUCGAUCUGCUCACAAUUAGCGCGCGCACGCAGCAGCAAGUGGCCACCAUGGCGCCGUAGCCCACGUCCUAUUUAUUACCGUUAGUCCAAGCUCUUGAUGUUGUGGUGCACA